AUGCGCAUACGUGGCGGCUACUUAAUAUUGCUUGUACUGCUACCAAUGUCAGUUGCUGCUGGCAAAGCGGUGUCACAACAACUUCAAACAUUGGAAUUGCAACACGCUGAGGGCAAACGUGCGGCCAACGGUACGUAUACUGAAUGUACUAGAGAGUUCUUAACAAAAGUGUCUUCUUCUUGCUUAGAUUACGGUCCCUGGAUACAGAUCAGCUCAGCUGUGCUCCAGCUGGUGCCCGAUGAACAGACGCAGCUGCUGCUGCUGCAAACACACGAGGGUCCCAGCACCGUCAGCAGCGUCAGCACUGCCAGCAUCUUGCCCAACUGGCAUCACAUUCCUGGCUUGCCAUUGGGACAUGAACCGAGGCACAAAGUCAGCGACAAUCUGGACUUUGAGCGGCAGCAGACAACGCAUUACGUCAAGUCUCAUGGACGCUAG